AUGUCUGAAUAGGAGUAUUUGUUUGAUUUUGAUUAUAUCCCUAAUUGGAAUUCUUAUGAAUUUGAUUUAGAUUGUCAAGACUAUGAGAGAUAACAAAUAGAUAGAAUAAAAGAAAAGUGUAAUAUGAACUUAUUAAAACGACAACUUGUUUGUUUGUUUGGUUUUCCAUCUAUCUAAAUAGAUAGUGGAUAAAUAAUUGCUUAUCUUAAUGGAAUCAUGGAUUUAAAUGAGAAUGAAUAGAAACGAAUGAUUAGAGUGUUAAUAAGCUUCAUUGGAGAAGUUACUAGUAUAGAAGAUCCUGAAACUAGAUUAGAGACAAUAAGAACUAGAGUUGAACAAUUUCUCACCAUAAAAGGGAUUAAAAUAGAAUGGAGUAAUAAGGUAUGGGAAUACGAAAUAGAAUCACUUUUUGAAUCCAGAUAUUGCAAUCCUUAUUAUAGUAAAAUUCCUUAUACUUAGUUCGAAUAUGCUAACUUCUUUGCUUUGCUAGAAAGUCCUAUGCCCAUGUUUUUAAGGAGUUUGAAUCAUCCAUGUUGUUGUCAAGUAUAUGAUGCAAAAUCUACAGAAGAUUUUAAAUAAUUAUGUAACAUCACUGAUUUAAAAAAUGUGAGGAGGAUAAGAAAAUAUAUCUAAUCAAUAAUAGAUAAAUUAGAAGAAUUUAGAAAUUUACUUAUUGAUAUUGAAACUAAGAAUUAUAAGAGUGGAACUGAUGUAAUUAAUAGUUUUAAUCAAUUAUCUCAAGAACUUGAUAAAAUAAUAAAUAUAGAUUUAUAAUUAAGUGAUAAAUGUAGCUUAAAAUAAGAAGAGAGAUUGAGAUUUAAUAAUGAUGCAGAUAAUUAAACUGAAAAGAAUUCUAUUGCUUUAUUAGAAACAAAAACAUCAGCUAAUACAUUUACUACGAUCCAUCAAGGUAAUUUAGACUGUCGAACUAAAAGGCAGAAGAAGAAAUAAAAAUAAUUAGAAAAAUGCUAUUUCUCAUCAGCUUUCUUAAAUUAUAUUGAUUCAGAAACUAAUCUUAGUUUAGAAAACAGUCAAAAUUCUGAACCUAAACUUGAGGAUCAAUUAUUUAAAUUUACUUUAAACACUGAAAUACAUAAUUAACUAAAUAUUUAAUGUACUUCUGUUUAAGAUAUUUUGAAGAAAAUUGAAAUAUACUAAAAUCAAUUAUAAAGUUUGUAAUUAAUAGGUUUUCCAUGUCCAAAAUUAGAUAAAUCUCAUUUAAAAUAUAUACUAUCUAAUUUUCGUGAAUGCUAUACCAAUAAAAAAAUAUUAAUUGAAUGGAUUAUUUCAAUUAUUUGGGAAUCAUUAACAAUUAAAGAGGAUGAAAAUAAUUGUAUUAAUGAAGUGAGAAAAUAAGCUUUAGAAUAUUUUUCAUCUAUUAAAUUAGAUAGGGAAGAAUUUGAAUAUAUUUUAAAUAACUGCUAUGAAAAAUAAGCCUCUAUGCCAUAUAAUAAAAGCUUUGAAAUAGCACCUUUUUCUAUUUAAAAAUUGUCUCAAUUAGUUAAUCGAAAAUUUCCAGAAUCCUUCUAACUUAAUAAUUGUCUGGCAAGCAGAGUAGUAUUCAAAUCUAAAGUAUUUUAACCUUUGGAACAACCAUGUAAAAUAACUGAAAUCAAAAAUAUUAGAACUAUUAGGAAAUAUAUAAAUGAUAUAUAUUAGAGUUUAGAAAAACUGGUUGAAUUCAAAAAUAAAUUAAAUAAAACUAAUUCUAGUAAAUCACAGAAUCAUUUAUUAAUUAGAGAAUUUAAAAUACUUGAUUCCAAUCAUCAAGAUAAAGUGAACAGAAAAUUAAAAUAAAAAGACUGCUCUUCUUUAUAGAAAAUUGAUAAGGAGUAAUCAGAAAAAAAUUGUAUAAUAAUUGAUGACAAAGACUAAUUAGAUAGAUAUUUUAAUUGUUAAGAUAAAAAUGCUAUUGAAAUAGAAGAUGAUCCUUUAAUUAAAAAAGAGGAGUUAGUAAAAUCAAAAUAAAACCAAAUUUAAAAUGACUUAAAUUUUGUGAAGAAGAAAAGUGAUAUAAAUUUAAAAUUAGAAGCAAAAAUUGAAGUAGAAUAAGCAAAAUUAGAAUAUUAAAAAGAAGAAUAAUUUUUAUGCAAUGAAAUGAUUUCUCCGGUUUAAAGAUAUUAUUUUCAUGAAAAUCAAUCACCUAAUAUUUUUCAUUCUCCUUGUUUUAAUUAUUGCUCCCCUCUAGCAAAAUAAUUUUUUAAUAAUUUUGAAUUUGAUUAAUAAGAAAUUGAAUCACCUGAUAGAUAGUUUUUAUAAUUUCAACCUCCUCAUAACUUCAAUUGA